CUUAAAAGUUUCGAGAAUUUUAAGUAUAAGCAUUUUGGUCGCUAAAAUUUAAAUUUAAAGAAAUGAACAAAGUAAUCAACUGAGAGAUAGGCUUUUUUAUAAUUCUCAAAAGUCUCAGAAUGUUGAAAUUCAAGAAUUUUAACUGCGAGAAUCCAAAAUCUGACAAAUUUGCGGGAUAUCAAGAAAAACAAAAUUUACUCUAGUUGAUAUUUCAAGAAUUUCUUUCAAGAUUCUUAAAAUCUUGAAAAAUUCAAACUCGCAAAAAAGAAACUGCGACAAGAUAAAACAUGGGCUAGUUCAGGAUUUGCAUCUUUUAUAAUAUGCAUUACAAAAUUGCGUCACAUUACGUUAGGAACGAAACCGCAGUAGAAUCUACAACAGCACGACGCAGCAAGUCGUGAAAGUGCCUAAACAUUUAAAUAAACGCAUGCCCAAUACGUUUAUCACAUCCAUUUAACGUGUUGAGGCAUUUGUGAACGUACGGGGCUCCGAGCCAAUUGGCGAGAAAAAGAGGACGGAAGUUGCACCCUGCACAUCGUGCAGGAAGCGCGACGAACAGGGCUGCAUGAGACAAAUCGACCCGCCGACUGCUGAUAACGUUGCGCCAACGUUGCAACCUUGUAACGUGCACCCACUCACCCGCCGCGCUGCACCGCGCUCCAAUUUACCGAGCUGUUCGUCGCGAGUCCCGCUAUGUCGAGGUUAGGGACUGUUUCAGACUGUUUACUUGUCAAACUAUCCGCGGCAUCGUGGGAAGACGUAGGCGAAACAUGAGGGAAAUCUGAGAAAAAGCUUGACGGAACAUCUCUCGCGGGAAAUCAUGUUUUUCCCCGUAGGAUGGCCGCGGGUGCUCAAUACCUGCGAACAGGGCAGGAUAAACGCGGUGGUGUGCAACAGAGACAAAAUUAUGUUCGCCGUUCUCACCGCGGACGCCCUCGUCAUCUGGUACUGCAAGCCCUGUGUACCGAUUGUAUUUAGUAAACGUUCUGCGAAUUCUUUGUGGCAACACGGCGAAAACGUUCUAGUGCAAUGGAGACCAGACUCAAGUAUGCUGGUUAUUGCGACAUCGGAUAGCUACCUGCUGUUCUACAGACUUACGGACAACAGUGCAGAGGGCCGAGGACUUUAUGAACAGCGAGACUCACCGGUUACCAGCUUAAGGCGGGACAGUGCAGAAUUAUUUAUUAAAGAAGUCAUUCCAUCCCUUGUUUUAAGUUUCGAAAAGUCGGCUUGGAUCGACGGUGGGAUCAGUUCGUUAGUUUGUAUACGAGACGAGCUUAUGGUAGCGACCAAAACUAGCCACGUAGUGCGCCACAAAUGGGACGGCACCAUGAAUCGCGACUAUUCUUUAGACUUGAGACGUAUACCAUUCAGUAUUGAUCAGCAAAUCUCUACUGUGGCUGUACCGCUCACAGAAAAUAACAUUUACGUUACUGACAUCGAAUAUUCCCCUCUUGUUGGAGGUUUUGCUAUUGUACUGAAUAAUGGUAAAGCUGCAUUUCUCACUGCUCAAUCUUUGAAGUUUGAUCCUAACCAAGUGCAAGGAAUUUGGGCACAGGAUCUGGACGAUGCUACUUGCGCCGCUGUUAAUCAUAAAUAUCGGCUAAUUGCCAUUGGGAGGCAAAACUCCGAAGGCGUCGUAUAUUAUGUCGAUGAAACGACUGGCGGUUUGGAGAUGUCACACACCCUGAGUCUAUCCUCCAAAGAUUACCCAGGUCGACCGGGUAGUGUCAAGUGUCUUAGAUGGACGCCCGACAGUUGUGCUAUUGCUCUAGCUUGGGAGGGCGGCGGCUUAGCGCUGUGGAGUACCUUCGGUGCCCUGUUGCUCUGCAGCUUGAAAUGGGAUUACGGUCUACGUGUAGAUCUGACACACGAUAAUCCUCUGCAUAUCCAUACGAUGGAAUGGUCCGCGGAGGGCUAUCAGUUGUGGAUGUUGCGAGAAUCUCCGGAAUUUUUAGUUACCAACGAAAAUGGCAACAAAGCGACCAAUUUAAAUCGUUCUCUCAUUCAGUUGGAUUUUGUUAAAAGUCCUCUAACUAUCAAUCCGUGCAUGGGCCAUCACGGACAUCUGUAUCUUCAAGGCGAGGAUAGACUAUAUUUAAAUUUAGGUGCUGGCUUAUCUUCGACCGCAUCGGGUUUUCAUCUUGCUGCCGAAAUUCCCAACGACAGUAUGCUCCAGACACUCGCCGGCUGUAAGCAGUGGCUUGUUGUGCCUAUUCCAUCUGCAUAUAGUGGUUCCAAUUGGCCGAUUCGGUAUACUGCCAUAGACAGCGAAGGUUUAAGUCUUGCAGUGGCCGGCCGAACGGGAUUAGCGCAUUAUUCCCUACCGUCAAGAAAAUGGAAAUUGUUUGGCAACGAGAGCCAAGAACGAGACUUUAUAGUAACUGGUGGACUGUUAUGGCAUAAAGGAUAUCUCAUAGCUAGCAGUUACUCUAUAUUGGAUGAUAAAGAUGAAAUUAGAAUUUAUCCUCGUGAUACUCGGCUUGAUAAUAAUUAUGUUAAAAGCGUUAGGAUGCCCUCGCAAGUAUUACUACUGAAUACCACGAAAGACAGACUUUUAACUUUCUGUGCCAAUGCUCAAAUUAGUAUUUACGAUAUGGUGUUGCAAAAUGGCAUAGAAACCGCCGGUAUCGAAUUAACGAGAAUACAAACGGUAGAUAUUGGUGGACUAUGCAUACAUCCCGCUUGCGUAGUUAGCGCUACGUUGACAUUGAUUCGUGCGGAGACCGCCGGCAGUCAUCCUCAUCCUGAAAGUCUUCUGCUGAAUGUCUCCGGACGUCUUCUCAUGGUUCAACGCGAACAUUCUACCGACAAUUCGGAGGUUCUCUUUACGUGCGGCGCGCCGACAGUUUUAGCGUCUUACGUCGAAAACGUCUGGGUACCAUCACGUUCGAGAAGGGACAAGCCGCACUUAACCGAGGCUCUGUGGCUGUUCUGCGGGGCUCACGGCAUGCGAGUCUGGUUGCCGCUAUUUCGUAAUCAUCAAGACAAGGCACAUGCCUUUAUGAGCAAACGGAUAAUGUUACCAUUUCACUUGCGCAUUUACCCUUUGGCGAUACUCUUUGAAGACGCGAUUCUAUUAGGGGCUGAAAACGAUACCGUGCUCUUCACGUCGGAUACAAACUCACCCUUUUCACUGCCCUUCAAUUUAUUGGAGCUUACGAGUCAAGUAUAUCUACAUCAAAUUCUGCGUCAAUUGAUACAUCGAAAUUUGGGUUAUCACGCGUGGGAAAUAGCGCGUUCGUGUUCCGCAUUACCGUACUUUCCACAUUCGUUGGAACUAUUACUUCACGAAGUCCUUGAGGAGGAAGCGACGAGCAAGGAUCCUAUUCCUGAUGCUCAAUUACCAUCCGUUGUUGAAUUUAUUCGCGAGUUUCCCGGUGUUUGGGCUAGAGCUGUCGUGCAAUGUGCUCGCAAAACUGAAAUUGCGCUUUGGCCGUAUUUGUUUUCCGUCGCUGGUCCGCCGAAAAAGUUACUGCAAGAUUGUUUGCAGCAAAAAGAACUUGACACCGCUGCCAGUUAUCUGAUCAUUCUACAGAACUUAGAGCCAUCCUCUGUUAGUAGACAGUACGCUACGUUAUUGUUAGACGCCGCACUAGAGCAAGGUAGAUGGGAACUGUCGAGGGAUCUUGUAAGAUUCCUUAGAGCAAUUGAUCCAAAUGAUGUAGAGUCACCGCGUACAUCGUGGAGUGGCAGUGCGAAAUUGGUAGGUCCUCCUCAAACACCUCCUCUUUCUCCGCACGAAGAUGAUUUGGCCUUAGUUUUGGGUACUAUGCAAGUUUCGAGGAGCCGUAGUUAUAGUACUACAGUUACGCCUAAAGUGCAAUCCGAAAAAGACGGCGCGCCGUCCUCUAUGCUAGAAAAAACCCGAAACGUUGUUAUGAGGCGAAAAAAAUCAGUUCCGACAGUAAAAACCAGUGAGAAAACUGAAAACAAGGAAGGAUCGGCAGAGGAGUUCUUUAUUGAUAUCAUUUUGCAACGUCAUGCCCGGCAACUUCUUUCAGCUCGCCACUUGAUUGACUUGGGUAGAUUCGCGGCUCGUCUUGACUUUCAUUUAGUGACAUGGUUCGGUCGAGAGCGUGACAGAGCAGCAAAAAUCGACGAUUAUGUCGGCACGUUGAAGGCAGUUCAUGAAGAUUUCGCGUUUCCAUACCCGACGCUUUCGUUGCCCACUCUGCAAAAAUUUCGGAGAUCUAGUCUCACCUCUUUACACUCCAUAAUAUCUGACGACGAGACCAUGUCUCCGAACUUGGUCGUCGACGUACCUGACAGUGGAUACACUAGUCUUCCAAGCGGUAGGCCACCGUACACAACGUUGGUCUCACCUGUCGCCAGCUUAGAAACACAGUUUCCAACCGCGGAAGCCAAAUUAACGCCGAAUCUAAUAAAUGAUGCCAAUAGCGUUCUUAGUGAUACUAGUACAAUCUGGAGGGACGAUGCAGAAUCUAUGGUUGGUUCUGUGUGCUGGGUUUCACCUGAAUCAGUGGGAUCUACAGAAGUCAAUCCAAGCUCAUCGACUUCGGUCGGUCGGGCGGAAGUACAGCUCAGGUAUUUAUUGCAACUGUUUCUUGAAGGAAGUUGUCUAGGAUGGGCUGCAGUAUUAGCUACUGUCCUUCGAGAUGCGGCGGCCAUGGCUAGAACCGUCAGAACGGCACACGCACCAAUGCAAACUUUUGACUCUAUAAUCAAUCUAAGAGACGGAUUGCUUACAUUGACCAAGUGGUCUCAUUCGGAAUGUUUGGGAUAUCGUCCCUUCAUGUCCAACAUCCAAAGCCAGAUAUCGCUGUUGAACCGACUAGUGAUAAUCAAACAACAGCAGGAACAGGAACAGAUACUAGAGAGCCCUUCGCCGAGUCCGGCUCCGUCCGCCAGCAGCAACCAGCGCGGUACUCUCUCUCGCUCGAGACACUCUUCUAUCAGUCACGCUUCCAACACGGCUCCGCUCGAAGAAGAACGCUCGCACGAAUCACUCUUGACCGUCGAAGAAUCAGUAUUUCACGGAAGUUAUAAUAAUAAUCUCACAACAAAUGUUACGGAGGACACGUCACCGCAGAGCGCUUGCACAAUCUCAUAAGGGUGCUUCACGAAACUCCGAAAACUAAGGCUGUCCACUUUACCGUGUAUUUUACAUACCAAAUGGAUUGUUUUCAUUUAAAAUUAAUUUUUGCAAAAGAUACUCGAUUAUGUUUCACACAGUAAGGAUUUCGUAUGUAUAUUAUAAUUAUUAUAUAAUUAUUAUUUUAAAAAGAUUUUAUUCUAAGGUCAGUGGUUAAAAUCUUGAAAUUGUCCUGAUAUUAAGGAUAAUUUUUAUAUAAUGCAACAAUAUUUGGCAAAACUCAUAUGAAUUCGUUUUUAACACAGGUUCCAGAAAUUCUUAUAAUUCGAUCCUGGAAAUUUGUAUAUAAAGUUUUGAAAUAUCUUUUUAUUAACUUUACAUCGAAGAUUUUGAAUUGUACAGGGUGAAACAUGUAAAGGUGAAUGAUUCGCAUGUAUAUAAGCAUUUAUAAUAUUAAAAUACAUGCUGCGUCGCGAGGUAUGAAACCCGAUGUACGAAGUCGCCAAAGUUAACAGCAAUUUUUAAAUGAUUUUACCGCUGAGCAUAAAAACGUGUGUGAGAUCGAUUUUAUUAGAUGUAUGAGCAAUAGGGAAUAGCAAUAUAAUGAUGCCAAUGAAUAACCAACGGUUCAAGGACAUGAAAUCAAAAUGGGUGCAUCAAGAGGUCUGAUAUUAUAAUGAUAAUUAUAUAAUGUGCAAAAUGAUGAAAAUGAUUAAUAAGCUAUUUAUACAUAUUGUAAUAUAGACGAUUAUACAAGUAUAUGUUAUAUUUUCACAUAAAA